GGGACGUGGAUGCCGCCAUCCGCAUGGUGGGAGAGGCCAGCAAGAGGCUGCUUGCAGAUUUGUCCCCUCCCAGCACCAAGAGCUUCCAGGAGGCACAGAGCCAGCUGAACCAGGCGGCUGCAGGGCUCAACCAGUCUGCCAACGAGCUGGUGCAAGCAUCGCGUGGCACCCCUCAAGACCUAGCCAAGUCCUCCGGCAAAUUUGGGCAGGACUUCAAUGAGUUCCUGCAGGCGGGAGUGGAGAUGGCCAGCCAGUCCCCGGGGAGAUCAAAUGCCUGGGGAUCCUGGAAUAAGGAAGACCAGGCACAGGUGGUGUCAAACUUGAAGAGCAUCUCCAUGUCCUCCAGCAAGUUGCUGCUGGCUGCAAAGGCGCUGUCUGCUGACCCGGCAGCCCCCAACCUCAAGAAUCCGCUGGCAUUGAUCCAUGGGUCCUUCUCCCUUGUUCCUGGCAGGGCCGUGACUGACAGCAUUAACCAGCUGAUCACCAUGUGCACCCAGCAGGCGCCGGGCCAGAAGGAGUGUGACAACGCCCUGCGAGAGCUGGAGACAGUGAAGGAACUGUUGGAAAACCCCACCCAGACAGUCAAUGACAUGUCAUACUUCAACUGCCUCGACAGUGUCAUGGAGAACUCCAAGGUGCUGGGCGAGUCCAUGGCUGGCAUCUCCCAGAACGCCAAGAACAGCAAACUGCCUGAGUUCGGUGACUCCAUCAGUGCCGCCUCCAAAGCUCUCUGUGGGCUGACGGAGGCAGCUGCCCAGGCUGCCUACCUCGUGGGUGUUUCAGACCCCAACAGUCAGGCUGGACAGCAGGGCUUGGUAGACCCCACUCAGUUUGCCAGAGCUAACCAAGCCAUCCAGAUGGCCUGCCAGAACCUGGUAGACCCUGCCUGUACCCAGUCCCAGGUGCUGUCAGCAGCCACCAUUGUAGCGAAGCACACCUCGGCCCUGUGCAACACAUGCCGCCUGGCCUCCUCCCGCACUGCCAACCCUGUGGCCAAGCGUCAGUUCGUCCAGUCAGCCAAAGAGGUGGCCAACAGCACAGCUAACCUGGUGAAGACCAUCAAGGCCCUGGAUGGCGAGUUCAAUGAGGAGAACCGGGAGCGGUGCCGCGCUGCCACUGCCCCCCUCAUAGAGGCCGUGGAUAACCUGACAGCCUUCGCCUCCAACCCAGAGUUUGCCACUGUUCCUGCCCAGAUCAGCCCAGAGGGGCGCAGAGCCAUGGAGCCCAUUGUCUCUUCAGCCAAGACCAUGCUGGAGAGCUCUGCUGGCCUCAUCCAGACCGCUCGCUCUCUGGCUGUCAACCCCAAGGACCCGCCGCAGUGGUCGGUACUGGCCGGGCCCCAGUGGCGUUGCCUGUCUGGCCACUCUCGCACCGUCUCAGACUCCAUCAAGAAGCUGAUUACCAACAUGAGGGACAAAGCUCCAGGACAGCGGGAGUGUGACGAAGCCAUUGAGGUCCUGAACAGAUGCAUGCGUGAAGUGGACCAGGCCUCCCUCGCUGCCAUCAGCCAGCAGCUGGCCCCCCGAGAAGAUAUCUCCCAGGAGGCUUUGCACAACCAGAUGACACGGGCCGAGGCCUCGCAGCUGGGGCACAAGGUGUCCCAGAUGGCUCAGUACUUUGAGCCACUCAUUAUGGCAGGUAUCGACACAGCCAAGGACGCUGGUGGGAACCCCAAGCAAGCUGCCCACACCCAGGAGGCUCUGGAGGAGGCCAUGCAGAUGAUGAAGGAAGCGGCAGAGGACCUGACCACCACCCUGAACGAGUCAGCCAGCUCUGUGGGUGUCGUGGGGGGCAUGCUGGAGCCAGUGUCUCCUGAUGGUCUGUUGCAGCUGGACGAGGGGCCGAUGGGCGAGCCAGAGGGAACCUUUGUGGACUACCAGACCACGAUGGUGAAGACAGCCAAGGCCAUUGCAGUGACUGUGCAGGAAAUGGUCACCAAAUCCACCACCAACCCGGACGAGCUGGGCAUACUGGCCAACCAGCUCACCAACGACUAUGGGCAGCUGGCACAAGAGGCCAAGCCGGCUGCACUUACCGCUGAGAACGAGGAGAUCGGCUCCCACAUCAAGCGCAGGGUGCAGGAGCUGGGUCACAGCUGUGCUGCCCUGGUUACCAAGGCUGGAGCCCUACAGUGCAGCCCCAGUGAUGCCUACACCAAGAAGGAGCUGAUAGAGAGUGCACGCAAGGUUUCUGAGAAGGUGUCUCAUGUGCUGGCAGCCCUGCAGGCUGGGAACCGCGGGACACAAGCCUGCAUCACGGCAGCCAGUGCUGGCUCUGGCAUCAUUGCUGACCUCGACACCACCAUCAUGUUCGCCACCGCAGGAACCCUCAACCGGGAGAACUCUGAGACCUUCGCUGACCACAGGGAGGGCAUCUUGAAGACAGCCAAGGCACUGGUGGAGGACACCAAGGUGCUGGUGCAGAACGCCACGGCCAGCCAGGAGAAGCUAGCCCAGGCUGCCCAGUCCUCCGUGUCCACCAUCACCCGCCUGGCAGAGGUGGUGAAACUGGGUGCCGCCAGCUUGGGAUCUGAAGACCCAGAGACUCAGGUAGUUCUGAUCAAUGCUGUGAAGGAUGUUGCCAAGGCACUUGGGGAUCUGAUUGGUGCCACUAAGGCAGCUGCUGGCAAAGCUGGGGAUGACCCUGNNNACCUGGCUCUCUUCUCCGUUCUACAGGUGAUGGUGACAAAUGUCACUUCAUUGCUGAAGACAGUGAAGGCCGUCGAGGAUGAGGCCACAAAGGGGACACGGGCACUGGAGGCCACGAUAGAGCACAUACGCCAAGAGCUGGCAGUCUUCUCCUCCCCUGUGCCUCCUGCCAAGGUCUCCACCCCAGAGGACUUCAUCCGUAUGACGAAAGGCAUCACGAUGGCCACGGCCAAAGCGGUGGCUGCUGGCAACUCGGGUCGGCGGGGGGGUCCGGCCAACCUGAGCCGCCGUGCCAUUGCAGAUAUGCUGCGUGCCUGCAAGGAAGCCGCCUACCACCCAGAGGUGAGCGGGGACGUGCGGCAGCGGGCGCUGCGCUUUGGCAAGGAGUGUGCUGAUGGUUACCUGGAGCUGCUGGAGCACGUGCUGGUGAUCCUGCAGAAGCCAACUCAUGAGCUGAAGCAGCAGCUGGCAGGCUACUCCAAGCGUGUGGCCAGCUCCGUCACCGAGCUCAUCCAAGCAGCCGAGGCCAUGAAAGUGUCCUCCCGGGUGCCCCCCUCCCCCGCCAAGGCAGUGGAUGAUGGACAGUGGUCCCAGGGACUCAUUUCAGCUGCACGUAUGGUGGCUGCUGCCCCCAAAAACCC